CCUCCCCCUCCUCGCCGUUACCCUGUACAUCCGGGUCACUUGCCCUCCCAGCUUCGAACCGCCGCUGCCGCCGCCGCCUGGCUCGUCGCGGCUCCGCCACAGGGGCAGGUGCGGAGGGGCUCCCGGUCCGGCCGCCGCCGCUGCCCCGCUCCGGGCCCGGGGCUCCCCCUAGCGCCGCUGAGGAGCUGCCGUCGCGGCUCGAGGAGCGCGGAGGAGCGGGGCUGAGAGAGCCUGGAGGUUCGCGCGGAGAAUAGAGGGACAAGAACAGAAUCACCAGCACUGGCUGAAGGUACCUUAACAUGGGGAAUCUUCUUAAAGUUUUGACAUGCACAGACCUUGAGCAGGGGCCAAAUUUUUUCCUUGAUUUUGAAAAUGCCCAGCCUACAGAGUCUGAGAAGGAAAUUUAUAAUCAGGUGAAUGUAGUACUAAAAGAUGCAGAAGGCAUCUUGGAGGACUUGCAGUCAUAUAGAGGAGCUGGCCAUGAAAUACGAGAGGCCAUCCAGCAUCCAGCAGAUGAGAAGUUGCAAGAGAAGGCAUGGGGUGCAGUUGUUCCACUAGUAGGCAAAUUAAAGAAAUUUUAUGAGUUUUCUCAGAGGUUAGAAGCAGCAUUAAGAGGUCUUCUGGGAGCCUUGACAAGUACCCCGUAUUCUCCUACCCAGCAUCUAGAGCGAGAGCAGGCUCUUGCUAAGCAGUUUGCAGAGAUUCUUCAUUUUACACUCCGGUUUGAUGAACUCAAGAUGACAAAUCCUGCCAUACAGAAUGAUUUCAGCUAUUAUAGAAGAACAUUGAGUCGUAUGAGGAUUAAUAAUGUUCCAGCAGAAGGAGAAAAUGAAGUAAAUAAUGAAUUGGCAAAUCGAAUGUCUUUGUUUUAUGCUGAGGCAACCCCAAUGCUGAAAACCUUAAGUGAUGCCACAACAAAAUUUGUAUCAGAGAAUAAAAAUUUACCAAUAGAAAAUACCACAGAUUGUCUAAGCACCAUGGCUAGUGUGUGCAGAGUCAUGCUUGAAACACCGGAAUACAGAAGCAGAUUUACAAAUGAAGAAACAGUGUCAUUCUGCUUGAGGGUAAUGGUAGGCGUCAUAAUACUCUAUGACCACGUACAUCCAGUGGGAGCAUUUGCCAAAACUUCAAAAAUUGAUAUGAAAGGUUGUAUCAAAGUUCUUAAGGACCAGCCUCCUAAUAGUGUAGAAGGUCUUCUCAAUGCUCUCAGGUACACAACAAAACAUUUGAAUGAUGAGACUACCUCCAAGCAGAUUAAAUCCAUGCUGCAAUAACAGUUCUGGAAUAAGCACCUGCUGUAGACAGAAGACAGUAUUCUGCAGUGACUGAGAAUGCACAGUUUUUAGUGAUUGCAAUUACUAUCUCAUUUACUCUUGCUUUUUAUUUCUUUCCUCUGUUCCUCUCCCUCUUUUUUAAUCAUAUUCUUGUUCUUAAGACUUCUUUUCUGUGCCAAAAUCAGUAAAGUUAUACUCUGAAGGGAUGUUGUCCUUUCAAACAGGCCAUCUAAGGCAGCUAAUUAUGCAUUGCAUUGGGGUCUCUACUGAGAAAAAUUCUGUGACUUGAACUAAAUAUUUUUAAAUGUGGAUUUUUUUUGAAAACUAAUAUUUAAUAUUGCUUCUCCUGCAUGGCAAAACUGCCUAUUCUGCUAUUUAAAAACCCUCAAUGACUUUAUUUUCUACUGCCGCUUUUUUCAUGUGCAGCCAAAAUGAAAAUGUUUAAAUUAACUGUGUUGUACAAAUGGUACCCAACACAAACUUUUUUUAAAUUAGUAAGACUUUUGUUUAAAGUUUUAAGUUUGCAUUUUGACUUUUUUUGUAAGGAUGUAUGUUGUGUGUUUAACCUUUAUUAACUAAUGUUAA